CCUUCUCCUCCUCCUCCUCCUCCUCCUCCUUAAUUCAUGGUGUUCCUUGUUUGUGGCAAAUCAAGUGUACUGCUCUCUCUGUGGCUGACAGAUUGUAUUUGUCAAGCCUUUUCAGAAAGAGUUCAGCCCUACGCGUAAUAUGGAGCCAAUUCUAGAUCUGAUGUGCAUAGGGAUGUCUGGAUUGAUACAUAGUGGUGCUUGCUCUGUGAUUAAUAGUGAAAGUCUCAACGGGAACAUAUGUGGGGUCUUAAAACAUGGCAUAAAAACUCUUUAAAAUGCUCUUACAAGGAUCACCAUGGGAGACAGCGAUCAUGAACCCCCAACUAGUGAGUCUGGGAUAAGAAAGUUUUUCCGAGGCAUUUUGCCCCACUGGCCUCGCUCUUCACCCCAAGGAGGAGCCACACCAACACAUACUGAUCCUCCUGAUGUAGGCAACGAAGAAGCCACAUCCCUUUCACAGCUAAAACGCAAAUCAUCACUCCUGCGGAACCAUGAUGAUUCAGAGGAUUCAGAUUAUGAAGAGAACUUGCCCUCUGCUAAGAGACAACGCAUCACAGUAUCAGCCAUGAGACGUCUCUUUGCAAAAUUCAGCCUGAGUGACAAAGAGGGAAUAGAUGAAGCUGCAUCAUCUUCAACACCAGAGAAAGUUUCUGACAUUCCAGCGCAAAAGCCUCACCCUCCGAGCUACGAGCGGGACCUAUCUCCAUCACCACCAUCACUAAUCUCCUCCUCUCCCUCUCUCUCCAACAGUCAGAGUAAUAACAAUGAUGCAGACAUUCCCAACAUGAAUAAAAUACUAGCAACAUCCAAAAAACACAAAACAUCAGAUGCUCCUGAAGCAAAGGAUGGGAAACGAAGGAAAACCAGUGAUUUCAGUGACUCAGACGACAAUGAUGAUCAGUCAAAAACCAAUAACAAAACCCGGUCAAAUGGAGACAUAGUUAAGAGUAACAAACGACAAGUUGAUUUUUCAGACAGUGACGCCGAGGGUCAUAAUGAACACUUGUCUAAAGUGAAAAGGACAAGACGUCUCAGGAGAGGCUUACGCUUGUGUACUAAUAUUACUUGUUAUAUUGAACAAGUACUUUACAAUUAAGUUUUGAUGUUUUUGAGUAGCUCCAAAGGAGCAUUAUUUUAUAGGCUUUUCCUAUAUAAUACUUUUAUUGUGAUAUAUAUAAAAUGCUAGUUUUUGUAAGAAAAGCAUUUUCAUGUUCUUUCCUUCAUGGUCCAUUGUGAAGAUAUUCACUGUACCACUACAUAGUACUCAUAAUAAUCCACCAAUAAAACAUAAUCUCUG